UGGAUGGAUGGAUGGAUGGAUGGAUGGAAUGAGAGAUCUAGUAUGUUCCAAAAUAAGAAACAAUCUUUGCUGGGGGGCGAGGGGACUAGGAAGAGCCUGAAAGAAACUAACCUUCAUUGUACACCUGCCACGCAUCAAAGCUCAACGUAUAUAAGUUGUCUAAUUUGAGCCUCGCAAUAGCAAGAUAUUACUGCAGAAUGAGGAAGUGGCUAUUCUGACAGGUUAAACCAGCAGAUCAGUGUCACACAAGACAUAGUCAGGACCAGGGACUUUGAUGGUCCUCGAUACCUGGAAGAAGGAGGAGGAGGACUUGCUCCAGGCCUUGGCUGCUGUCAAUCUUAGACUGGAAGUUCCUAGGGCAUCUCUGUGGGCAGGGCAGGGCCACCCCACCCAGGCUCUCACAUAAAGUGCUCAGCUGAGAACCUGGCUUUGGAGAACAGAAGGAGAAAGGAAAGGCCGGGCCAAGGGAGGGGGCUUGGGGACUGCCUGUGGAGGGUGGCUGGGGGACCCUCCUUCCUUCUCCAGCUCCUUCAGUGCCACCCUCAGCAGCUUCCAAGAACAGAAGGAGUUAACGCUGGGCUUAACUUCUUGAAGGAACCUGAAGUUUUUUAAUCCUUGUUCUUUCCUCCCUCCCUCUCCCUCUCCCUUCCUGAUCUUUACUCCGCCUGUGGGUCCCUCCUCCUUACUCUCACCUCCCUGACUCCAAAAACACUCUGAUUGCCAGAGUGGGUCAAUGGUUAACGCUCAGCUGGCUUUAUAUAAGCCUGCUCAGGCCACCUUCCUGCUGGGCUGCGUCUUUGGUCCUUCUGUUCCCCAACUCCUGGAGGUGGUGGCUGUGGCAGCCCUCACUGGUCCAUACCAUGGCCACCUGCUGGCAGGCCCUGUGGGCCUAUCGUUCCUACCUGAUCGUGUUCUUCCUGCCCAUUCUCCUGCUGCCUCUGCCCAUCCUCGUCCCCAGUAAGGAGGCCUACUGUGCGUAUGCCAUCAUUCUCAUGGCGCUCUUCUGGUGCACGGAAGCCCUGCCCCUGGCUGUCACCGCCCUCUUCCCCAUCAUCCUGUUCCCUAUGAUGGGCAUCGUGGAUGCCUCUGAGAUUAUUCAGAGACCAUUUCCAUCCAGUUUCAAAAGCCCAGGGGAAUGGCAGUCUGUGGGAAUGUCAGUGACUGAAUCCCAUAAGCUCGGGGGCACCGUGGGAGACUCCAGGGUCUUCCCCCCGCUCAGCCAUGUCUCUGCCUGCCAGGUUGCCAUCGAGUAUCUUAAGGACUCCAACAUCCUCUUCAUCGGGGGGCUGCUGGUGGCCAUCGCAGUGGAACACUGGAACCUGCACAAACGCAUCGCCCUCCGGGUCCUCCUCAUCGUUGGGGUGCGGCCUGCCCUGCUAAUGCUGGGCUUCAUGCUGGUCACGGCCUUCCUGUCCAUGUGGAUCAGCAACACGGCCACCUCGGCCAUGAUGGUGCCCAUCGCACAUGCCGUCCUGGACCAGCUGCACAGCUCACAAGCCAGCAGUAACCUCGAGGAGGGCAGCAACAACCCGACCUUCGAGCUCCAGGAACCAAGUCCCCAGAAGGAGGCAACCAAACCUGAUAAUGGGCAGGCCCUCCCUGUCACAUCUGCUCCUUCGGAGGGGAGGGCACAUCUCAGCCAGGAGCAUCUCCGCCAGGAGCAUCUCCGCCUCACCCAGUGCAUGAGCCUGUGUGUGUGCUACUCCGCCAGCAUCGGGGGCAUCGCCACGCUGACCGGCACCGCACCCAACCUGGUGCUGCAAGGCCAGAUCAACUCGCUCUUCCCCCAAAACGGCAACGUGGUGAACUUCGCCUCCUGGUUCAGCUUCGCCUUCCCCACCAUGGUCAUCUUGCUGCUGCUGGCCUGGCUGUGGCUACAGAUCCUCUUCCUGGGCUUCAACUUCCGGAAGAACUUUGGCACUGGGGAGAAAAUGCAGGAGCAACACCAAGCAGCCUACGGCGUCAUCCAGACCGAGCACAGGCUGCUGGGCCCCAUGACCUUUGCAGAAAAGGCCAUCAGUGUCCUGUUCGUCAUUCUGGUGCUACUCUGGUUCACCCGGGAGCCGGGGUUUUUUCUUGGCUGGGGCAACCUCGCUUUUCCCAAUGCCACGGGGGAGAGCAUGGUGUCCGAUGGGACAGUGGCCAUCUUUAUCGGCAUAAUUAUGUUCAUCAUACCCUCCAAGUUCCCAGGGCUGACCCAGGACCCAGAAAACCCAGGGAAGCUGAAGGCCCCUCUUGGCCUCCUCGAUUGGAAGACAGUGAACCAGAAGAUGCCGUGGAAUAUCGUGUUAUUGCUGGGUGGUGGCUAUGCCCUGGCCAAGGGCAGUGAGCGAUCGGGCCUGUCAGAGUGGCUGGGAAACAAGCUGACCCCACUGCAGAGUGUGCCACCUCCAGCCAUUGUGGUCAUCCUCUCCCUCCUGGUGGCCACCUUCACUGAGUGCACUAGCAACGUGGCCACUACUACGAUCUUCCUGCCCAUCCUAGCCUCCAUGGCCCAGGCCAUCUGCCUCCACCCUCUCUACGUCAUGCUCCCCUGCACUCUGGCCUCCUCCCUGGCCUUCAUGCUGCCUGUGGCCACCCCACCCAAUGCCAUCGUCUUCUCUUUCGGGGGAAUCAAAGUGUUGGAUAUGGCCCGGGCGGGAUUCGUGCUCAACAUCAUUGGAGUCCUGGUCAUCACACUGGCCAUCAACAGCUGGAGCAUCACCAUCUUCAGCCUGCACUCCUUCCCCUCCUGGGCUCAGUCCAACAACACCACAGCCCAGUGCCUGCCCAGCCCGGCCAACACCACCAUGCCAAGCCCCUAGGCUGCGGCGCAGCCCAUCGGCCAUGCCCAGGAAGACCUACCCCGUUCCCACUCCUCUGAGCCGGGAGGGGACACCCCAAGCUCCCAGCUCCAGGCCAAUGGCUGAGAGAAAGGCACAUGUGUGCCUUUCUUUUGUGUGUCUGUAAGGAAGGUGUGUAUGCUCAAUUUCCUAUGUGCCAGAAGAAAAGGUGUGUGCGUGCACGUGUGUGUGUGUGUGUGUGCGCGCGCGUAUGGGUGCGCCUGCAUGGAUGGGAGGGGUGUGUGAUGUGAGGCUAUCUGAGGGGGGCUGUGUGCAAUGCACAUGAUCCUAGGUGUGUAUGCUGGAUAAUGCACGUGUGUGUUCACAGACAAUACAAUGUGUCCUCUCUGGUGCCCCAGGUCUUGGUCUCCCCAGUUUAGUGACCAGACUUAUUUGCACUGUAUUUAUUGGAACUCAGGCUUGGGUGGCCUGGGAGGAGGGCCUGCCAGCAGCUGCCAUGGGAACAGCCUCUGGGACUGGCCCAACAUACUGAGGGCUCCCCAGCCUUCCGGUGUUUUGGUGGAGGUUCAAAUAUUAACCACAUUAAAGUCUUUUUCAAUAAA